UCAUUAAUAAAGUUUCUUCUUCUUCUUCCUUGGUCCAUCACCUGCAGUGGUGGCACGUGCCAUGCUUCUCGAAGACAUACAAGCAGAAGCAGAAGAAGAAUAGCACCAUCGGAGAAGGACAACACACGACAAGAAGGAAAUCCACUCCAAUCCGAUAAUGCCUGCUUUCGUCAUGAACUCUAGGAACUGUGCCAGGGGUCUGGCCCUCGCUUUCACGGUGGUGAUGGUUCUGGCCCUGGGGAUACAGAUGCUCUUCAUGUACAUGAUCGCGAUUCUGAGGGACGCAAAUACACGCCCGUCUAUCUGGAUCUCCUGGGGCAUCAGCUCUUUUCUGAUGGCGGCUAACAUCGGGUUCAUCAUCACUUGGAUGGUCGCCGCAGCCACGGACAACCUGCGAUGGAUGACGAUAGGCCUGACGGGCACGUCGGUGCGCCUCGUGGGCACGGUCAUCUACAUUUUCCUCAGCGAAGUGAAGGCCAAGCUAUCGAAGUGGACCGAUUCUGAAAAGGCCGGCGACAUUAUGCGUAGAGAGACUCUGUUUGAAGAUGUAUGGCUGUUUCCUACUGGGUUCAUGUUGGCGAUAGAGGUGAGUCCUUUGUUUCAGCUGUUCUCUUCCUUUGCUUUCUUUUUCGUGCUGAUAAAAAGAACAAUCGCUCUCCUUCGACUCCACCAAUUCGUCCGCUUCUCGAAGCACAGACGAUAGUAGAAAUUCACCGCGCUGACUUGUGUUCGCCUGCAGCGGUAAUUCGAGUGCACGCAGAUACA